ACCCACAAUAACCUCAUUGUCACUUCCACUUCAGUAUACCCACAACCACGAUCGCAGCCGCAGAGUAAAUACCGGCUACACAGCUCUCGCCAUGUCUGAGCGAAAGGUGCUUCAGAAAUAGUGAGUCCUUGUUCCCCACACAUAGCACAGUCCCAUCUAAGCUUACUAAGUCCUACAAACCAGUUACCCCCCGGACUUCGAUCCCUCAAAGAUCGUCCGCCACAAGGGCCCGAAGCCAACGGGACCAAAACAGCAAACCGUCCGCCUAAUGGCACCCUUUAGCAUGAAAUGUCUGAACUGUGGGGAAUUCAUCUACAAGGGCCGUAAAUUCAAUGCUCGGAAAGAGCACUCUGGCGAGAGUAAGUGGUACAACGAUGCAUAAUUUCAAGAUGUUGCCACUAGUAGAGAAUGGCUGACUAAUUGCGAUAAUAAUAAUAACAGAAUACUACAACAUCUCCAUCUUCCGAUUCUAUAUUCGCUGCACCAGAUGCUCGUCGGAGGUCACCUUCAAGACAGACCCAAAGAACAUGGACUACACGUGCGAGAAGGGUGCUAUCCGUAACUUCGAGCCGUGGAGGGAUACCCGGGAGAAAGACGAAACGGAAGAAGAACGUCUGAAUCGACUAGAAGAGGAGGAGAACGAGAGUGCCAUGGCGAAGCUAGAGACCAAGACCCUCGACUCGAAGCGGGAGAUGCAGAUUGCCGACGCCCUGGACGAGAUCAGGACAAGGAAUGCCCGGAACGAGCGGCUCGACUCGGCAGAUGUGCUGGACACGCUUCUGGAGGUCUCGGAUCCGGCGGAAUUAGAGCUGUUGCGACAGGAGGAGGAGGACGCCGAGUCUGCUAGGAAGGCGUUCAGGACGGAGGAGGACAUGUUUGUUCGGAGGGUGAUCGAUGACGGCGCGGACGAGGCAGUCCCCUCGAAAGAGGAAGCCAAGGCUGACAUCCCAUCUUUCAAGAAGACUGUAAAGAGGAGACGGGACAUGGGUGCUGCUCUGGGCAUCAAGAAGAAGCUCAAACCGCUUGUGUAAUAUCAUGAAAGUACACGGUUAAUUUGUAUUGUAUGAUACCCCAAUCUUAUCCCUGACGCAUUACCCGAAGGCACUGCAUUCACAAAUUUAAGGCACCGUUCGUGUCCCCUAUCCAGAAAGAUCUCCACUAAUCCAGUGGCCUAAGUUAGGCUCUAGUUGGGCCGUACUAGAGAACCCACAGCCCUAAACAAACGACGAUUAAAUCUCUUAUGAUGUGGUAUGAUAAGCUAAUGUGGGAAAAAGCGCAUGACGCGACGGCCGGGUAAUCUUCGACCUUUACCCCCGGAGAAGGGAUUGAGGAUAAAAAUAUGAGAAAGGAAAUCCAGGGGAUAUAUAUAAGUGGGGGAGGAGCGAUAUAAAAGUUACUGGAAACAUGCAAUGGAUAUGGUAGGUCAAACAUUCAAAACAAACAAAAGCAGAGAAGAGAUAAAAAUAGACCAUUGCGAACCAAUAGAGUCAAGUAGGUGGAAAGGAAAUGGAAAACAAACAAUGGGC